CCGGCUGCCCGGGUCAGACCUAGCCGGGAAGGGCGAGGGGGAUGACGCUGGGGGCUCCGCUCCGGUGCCGCUCCCCGUGAAGGGCCGAUCUCCCACCUCGCCGCCCUCCGCGGCAGCCAAGACCGCCGCCACCCAGACCUCUCGGAGUAAAGCGCUGCGAAGGCCGGGCUUGGACCCUCCCCAGGGACUGAGUUCUGUGGCCUGCCCGCCAGAAGUGAGCUGUUUGACAGAAACCUGAGAGCGUGGGAAAUGCUCUAAGCACACUUACGGGGAGUGCUUGUGAAACUGAACACACAAGUAUGGAUAUGGGAAACCAACACCCUUCUAUUAGUAGGCUUCAGGAGAUCCAACGGGAAGUAAAGAGUAUAGAGCAGCAAGUGGUUGGCUUCAGUGGCCUGUCGGAUGACAAGAAUUACAAGAGACUGGAGAGGAUUCUGACGAAACAACUUUUUGAAAUCGACUCUGUGGAUACAGAAGGGAAAGGAGACAUCCAGCAAGCUAGGAAGAGGGCAGCACAGGACACAGAACGCCUUCUCAAAGAGUUGGAGCAGAACGCGAACCACCCACACCGGAUUGAAAUCAAGAAUAUCUUUCAAGAAGCUCAGGCCCUUGUGAAAGAAAAGACUGUGCCCUUUUACAGUGGAAGCAACUGUGUGACUAGCGAGUUUGAGGAAGCCAUCCAGGACAUCAUUCUGAGGCUGACACAUGUUAAAACAGGAGGGAAGAUCUCCUUGCGGAAAGCAAGGUACCACACACUAACCAAGAUCUGUGCGGUACAAGAGAUUAUUGAAGACUGUGUGAGGAAACAGCCUUCCCUGCCACUUUCCGAGGAUGUGCAUCCUUCUGUCGCCAAGAUCAAUUCUGUGAUGUGUGAGGUGAACAAGGCCAGAGGUACUCUGAUUGCACUUCUGAUGGGCGUGGACAGUUCUGAGACUUGCAGGCACUUAUCAUGCGUGCUGUCAGGACUGAUGGCUGAUUUAGAUGCUCUAGAUGUGUGUGGGCGUACAGAGAUCAGAAAUUAUCGGAGGGAGGUGGUGGAAGAUAUCAACAAAUUACUAAAAUAUCUAGAUUUAGAAGAGGAAGCUGACAAUACACAUGCAUUUGACCUGGGACAGAACCAUUCCAUUAUAAAGAUAGAAAAUGUCCUCAAGAGGAUGAGAGAAAUGAAAAAUGAACUUCUCCAGGCGCAGAGCCCUCCUGAAUUGUACCUGAGGUCCAAGACAGAGCUGCAGGGCUUGAUCGGGCAGCUGGACGAAGUGAGUCUGGAGAAAAACCCCUGCAUCCGAGAGGCCAGGAGAAGAGCGGUGAUUGAAGUGCAGACCCUCAUCACGUACCUGGACCUGAAGGAGGCCCUCGAGAAGAGGAAGCUGUUCGUGUGUGAGGAGACCCCCCCACAUAAGGCUGUGUGGAAUGUCCUUGGAAACCUGUCAGAGAUCCAGGGUGAAGUCCUCUCCUUUGGUGGGAACCGAACUGAUAAGAACUACAUUCGUCUGGAGGAGCUACUGACCAAACAGUUGCUGACUCUGGAUGCUGUUGACCCACUGGGAGAAGAGAAGUGUAAGGCUGCCAGGAAGCAGGCCGUGAAGCUGGCCCAGAACAUCCUCAGCUACCUUGACAUGAAGUCUGAUGAGUGGGAGUACUGACGGACAGCUGAUCCUGCCGCUUUGCACUUUAUCUCCUCUGGAGAGCUUUCCGCUCAUGGAGCCUAAAUGUAAUGUCUAUGUGCAUAGUCAAUCUCAGUAUUUAUGAUUUAAUCAAAUUGUAUUCAGUAUUUCUGCUGCUUUUGAUGUUGCAAAACGAAUAUCAUUAUAGCACAUUAACUUUUCCAUCUGGCUCAUUAUCCUUACAAUGUGUGCUUUGUGUUUAUUUUGUGUGUUUUUAAUGGGAACAUGAAAAAGGGCAGCAUUCCUAAGUUUUAAAUGGGUUGUGCAAGCAUUAAAUGCUUGAGAGUCUAGAAACAGAUCAAACUUUUCUAACUCUGGCCAAAUUAAGAGGAGGAGGAAAUUCUGGGGUUGACUAAAGUCCAAGCAAACAAACAUACAGAGAUGCUUUAUUCUGCUAAACAGAGCUGGGACUUUAAAGUCAGAAGGCCGGUGGGUCCUGCCUAAUUUUAAUGGGUGGGGUUUUUGUUUGGAUGGUCUGUUUUAUCAUAAACAUUUUUGCUUGAAAAAAAA